GCUGUAAAUGUCCGUGAUCAGGAGACCCAUAGGGCAGCGCACAAUUUGGCCCAGCGUCGUCUGGGUUAGGGGACUUAAUGUUACAUAAAUAUGAACAUAUAAUAUAAAAAUAUACGUGUUGAACGCGUCGACUGUGUUGAAAUGGGAAGUAGCCAACAUUUUAUAAGGAAGUAGAGAAAUAACGGCCGAAGAAACAUGUUUGAGCUGUGUGAGCUGUGACUUACAUCUAAAAUGAGUCUCUCUGGGGAGAGAGAGGAGGAGACCACUGCCUCUAAAACGAGUCUCUCUGGGGAGAGAGAGGAGGGGACCACUGCCUCUAUAACGAGUCUCUCUGGGGAGAGAGAGGAGGGGACCACUGCCUCUAAAAUGACUCAAGACACCAGUUCUAAGAGUGUCCAGAAGCCCAGAGCAGAGUCCCCUACAACUAGCCUGCUAUCAAUGAAGAGUGAUCAGCCACCUGCUUUCAGCCAGGAACCAUUACCAGAUGACAAUAAGGAAGUGGAGAGUUUGGACAGUGAGGAUCCAUUAAAUAUCACACACAACCUUCUGGACGGAAGAAGUCAAACUCUACUGACAGUCCAACAAGACAUUAAGGCUAAACUGAAACACAAGUAUCAACACGUAUCUGAAGGAAUUGGACACCAUGGAAACCAAAGUCUGUUAAAGGACAUCUACACAGAGCUCUACAUCACAGAGGGUGGAAGUGGAGGGCUCAAUAAUGAACAUGAGGUUAGACAGAUAGAGAUGGCAUCCAAGAAACAAAACACACAAGAGACACCAAUCAAAUGCAACGACAUCUUCAAGCCUUUACCUCAACAAGACAAACCUAUCAGAACUGUGCUGACAAAAGGAAUCGCUGGCAUUGGAAAAACAGUCUCUGUGCAGAAGGUCAUCCUUGACUGGGCAGAGGGAAAAGCAAAUCAGGACGUUCAUUUCAUGUUUCCUCUUCCUUUCCGUGAUCUGAACCUGAAAAAGGACCAAUACAGUCUGAUGCAACUUCUUUCCCACUACUUCCCAGAGCUGAAAGAGAUUGACAGCAUUGAAGAUGGUGAAACCAAAACUGUUUUCAUUUUUGAUGGUCUGGAUGAGUGUCGACUUCCUCUAGACUUAAAAAACAAUGAGAAGUGCUGUGAUGUCACGAAGCCAACCUCAGUGGACGUGCUGCUGACAAACCUCAUCGAGGGGAAUCUGCUUCCCUCUGCUCUCGUCUGGAUAACCUCACGGCCUGCAGCAGCCAAUCAGAUCCCUCCUGAGUGUGUUGACCAGGUGACAGAGGUACGAGGGUUCAAUGAUCCACAGAAGGAGGAGUAUUUCAGGAAGAAAAUCCCAGAUCAGAAUCUGGCCAAUGAUAUCAUCAAACACAUGAAGACAUCAAGGAGCCUCCACAUCAUGUGCCACAUGCCAGUCUUCUGUUGGAUAUCAGCCACUGUCCUUGAGAUGAUGCUAAAAGAGGCAGAGAAGGAUGAAGUCCCCAAAACUCUGACCCAGAUGUAUUCACACUUCAUGCUCAUCCAAACCAUUGUGAAGAACAAGAAGUACAACAAAGCAACAGAGACAAACCCAAAGGAACUGUCUCAGUCAGACAAAGAGAUGAUCCUGAAACUGGCAAAGCUGGCUUUCCAACAGCUGCAGAAGGGCAACCUGAUCUUCUAUGAGGACGACCUGAGAGAGUGUGGCCUUGAUGUCACAGAGGCAUCAGAGUACUCAGCAUUGUGUACAGAGAUCUUUAAGGAAGAAUCUGGGCUGUACCAAGACAAGGUCUACAGCUUUGUGCAUCUGAGCAUUCAGGAGUUUCUAGCAGCAGUGCAUGCUUUAGAAUCAUGUCUGGACAAGAAGGAAAAUGUUUUCUCCCCCACUAGUGAUGAUAAAGAGAAGGAGUCAAUACAGUUGUCUGUCUUACACAGGAGAGCAGUGGACCAGGCCUUGAAGAGUGAGAAUGGACACCUGGACCUGUUCCUCCGCUUCCUUCUGGGUCUCUCACUGGAGUCCAAUCAGAAUCUGUUACGAGGCCUUCUGACACAGACAGGAAGUACAACACAGACCAAUGAGGAAACAGUUGAGAGAACAGUCAGGUACCUUUCAAACAACAUCGAAAGGGAAUCCUCACCAGAAAGGAUCAUCAACUUGUUCCACUGUCUGAAUGAACUUGGUGCCAACUCUCUAGUUGAAGACAUGCAGACCUCCCUGCGAUCAGGAACUCUUUCAGAAACAAGACUAAAACCUGACCAAUGUUCAGCCCUGGCCUACCUGUUACUGAUGUCAGAGGAGGUGCUGGAGGAGUUUGACCUGAAGACAUACAACACAUCAGAGAAAGGUUAUCAGAGGUUGCUGCCGGUAGUGAAAACCUGCAAGAGAGCACUACUGGAUGGCUGUACCCUCACAUAUGAAUCUUGCGAAUCUCUGGCCUCAGCUCUGCAGACACCAAACGGCCCCCUGAGAGAACUGGACCUCAGCAACAAUGACCUGGGAGACAGAGGAGUGGAGCUGCUCUGUGUUGGACUAACCAGUCCACUCUGCAACAUACAGACACUAGU